GAUGAAUGAUGACGAAGUCGUUGAUAUGUCUAUUUAAUCAAAAGAUUUAAAAAUACAUGAACCAUACAACGGCUAUAUUUUAUUCAAUUGGGUCGGGACAUGUCCAAUUACGGUCACACUUCAGCCAAAGUUGUCAUGCUCCCAGAUUUGUAAUUCCCCUUUCCCCUUUUGUUACCACUUGUAUUUUUUUUUAUAUAUAUUUAUCGAGAAAAACUAAAAGAACAUGACUUCUAAUCCUGGUGUAAAACAAUAUAAAGCUUUAGGUGAUGAAGUUUGGAAGUCUAAAGUCGACAAGAUUAAUGCCGAACUUUUUACCUUGACUUAUGGUUCGAUGGUGGUCCAAUUAGUAAAGGAUUUUGAGGAUUAUGGAGAAGUCAACAAGCAACUCGAGAAAAUGGGUUACAAUAUUGGACAACGUAUGAUUGAAGAUUUUUUAGCCAGAUCAGCUAUCGGUCGUUGUUCAGAGUUCAGAGAUACAGCAGAAGCAGUUUCAAAGGUCGGUUUCAAAAUGUUCCUCAAUAUUACACCCAACAUUGCCAACUGGUCUAGUGAUAACAAGGAGUUUUCACUGAUUUUUGAUGAGAAUCCUUUGACUGAUUUUGUUGAAUUGCCUGAUGAAGCAUUAGAGGGAGGUCUAUGGUAUUCUAACGUUUAUUGCGGCGUUUUACGUGGUGCACUUGAAAUGGUUCAAAUGCAGGUGGAAGCACAUUUUAUCAGUGAUACACUUCGUGGUGAUGAAGUUACUGAAAUGCGCAUAAAGCUGGUGCGUUAUUUGGAAGAAGAGGUACCGGUCGGAGAAGAUUAAAUAUCCCCCCCCCCUUCAACAUAUAUAAACACACUCACAACAACCAAGGAUACGCAUACGCACAUAACACUACUGUAUAAACUGAAUACACAUCUUUUUAUUCUUUUGUAA